CCUGGGUCACGCUAGAGCUCAACUCCAACACGUCACCGCCCCCCACCUCCCCCAACAAAUACCAGAAGAAUGUCCCAGUUUCUCCUCCCCCGCACCGCCACCGCCUCCGCCUCCGCCGCCGCCGCUUCUCUCCCUCUCCUCCUCUUCUCCUCCUCUAAACGCCCCUUCUCUCUCUCCACCAAAUUCCCCUUCAAGCCCAUCUCCUUUCCCCAGCCCACCACAAAAUCUUCCCCUCUCUACUCUCCCCCCAAGAUGAGCUGGCUCGGCAAGCUCGGCUUCGGCGCUCGCACCCCCGCCGACGCCUCCGUGGACCCCUCCUCCUCCUCCAUCGCCCAGGGCCCCGACGACGACGUUCCCGCCCCCGGCCAGCAGUUCGCCCAGUUCGGCGCCGGCUGCUUCUGGGGCGUCGAAUUGGCCUUCCAGAGAGUCCCCGGCGUGACGAAGACCGAGGUCGGAUAUACGCAGGGCUACCUUCACAAUCCGUCUUACAACGACAUCUGCUCCGGCACCACCAAGCACUCCGAGGUCGUUAGGGUUCAGUUCGACCCCAAGGGGUGCAGCUACGAGAACUUGCUUGAUGCCUUCUGGGCCCGCCACGACCCUACCACGCUCAACCGCCAGGGGAACGAUGUUGGGACACAAUACAGAUCCGGAAUAUACUUCUACACACCCGAGCAAGAGAAGGCUGCAUUGGAGUCCAAGGAGAGGCAGCAGAAGCUCUUGAACAGGGAGAUUGUUACUGAGAUUCUGCCCGCAAAGAAGUUCUACAGAGCCGAGGAAUACCACCAACAAUACCUUGCAAAAGGCGGACGCUUUGGUUUUAAGCAAUCUGCUGACAAAGGCUGCAACGAUCCCAUUCGCUGCUACGGUUAAGUCAUUAGGUAUAUGCUUGUGAUUACUUAUUUGGUGUGAAAGGAUGUAUCUUAGGGCAUGGCUGAAGUUUGAACCUAUCCAUUAGAGACUGGUUAAUAGAUAUAUAUGGUAUGAACUUAUGUUGGUCAA